ACUUUCAUUUAUUUAUUUAACUUUAUUGUGACGACAGAAACAGAAUAUUCCAGACACAUUAAAGAAAAAUCGUCCACAGAAUAUUAAAUCAAUAAAUAAAUAUACAAUAAAUACAAUUAAUUUAAAUGAAUUAAAUAAUAAAUAGAAACGGAACAAAGCUGCAGAGGUUCAUAUACAUGCUGCUGUUACUGAUGAGUAAUUCUAUGUUCUGGUACUUGAUUCCUCUUUUCCACAGUGAGUCAGAGAGCACAGAACUUGCUCCUCUGUCUCUGAGUGUAGUGGGUGUGUUUGUCCUCCAGUCCAGCAGAGGGCGCUGUUCGCUUCGCUCUCCUCUCAGCGAACUGUCGUCGACGCGGAACUCGGUGUCUCUGUUUACUUCCCCGCUGGCUCUCUUUGUUCGCUGGAGGCUCAGAUUGCGCAGAAAAGGAGGAAAAUGUGCGCCGUGCAGCUGCUGCGGGUGUCGGUCCACGAGCGGAUCAGCGCCGCCGCUGAAGACUUUCUGCUGCAGGUGGAGAAAGGAGAAGAAACGGCAGAAAUCCCGGCGCUGAGAGCGCUGCUCACCGAGCGGCUAAAGGCGGCGGCGGAGGAGAUCGUCGGUCUGUUUGAGGAAACCGUGGCGGAGUACGAAGACAGAGUGGAGCGGUCAGAGCGGGAGAUCUGCCGCCAGAGGAGGCUGCUCGAUGCCGUGCUGAAGCCCGAAGUCAGGCUGCACAGAGCAGAGCUGCUGCAGUCAGUGAACCUGAGCCAGACAGAGCUCCACCCUGCAGAAACUGCAGACCUGAACCAGUCUGAACCUGAACACCUCGACAGCGAUGUUUCCUGCCCGCUGACGCCUCGCUCCCCCUUCCCCCCUCACAACCGGCCCGUGUCACCGAGCAGCUCGGUCGCCCACAGCGACGGUGACCCGGACAGUGACUGGACUGAACCGAACCGAACUCUGAGAUCACCAAGGAAGAAGAAGAGAGGCCGGCCGCUGCUUGGCGUCAGGAACAAACGGAAACGAUCGACUCCGGCUCAGAGCUUCAACUGUCUGGUCUGUGGACGAGCUCUGCAGGGGAAAGGCUUUCUGCUCAAACAUGUCCUGCAGGUCUGCGCCAAAGACCCAGACCACCGCUGCGGCUUCUGUGGCGAGCGUUCGGACUCGGCUGAUAACCUGAGCGCUCACCUGCAGACGCACCAGGAGAGGAGUAAAACCUGCUCCUUCUGUGGGAAGAUCUUCCAGUCCAUCCUGGCACAGGAGCUGCAUGUCCGACUGCACACGGGAGAGAAACCGUACAGCUGCGACAUCUGUGGCAAGAAGUUCAGCCAGAAGGGAAACCUGACGUCGCACACACGUGUCCACGCCACAGAGAAACCAUUCCAGUGUAAAGAGUGCAGCCGGGCCUUCUGUCACAUGACGUCUUUGGAGCGACACAUGAAGGAGCACAGCGGGGAGCUGGUGCACACCUGCAGCGUCUGCGGGCAGGAGUUCAGGAAGCAACAGAGCCUGCGACGACACAUGACGAUUCAUCAGAAGGAUGGUGCCCGAAAACCAAAAAGAUUCCGCACCUCGCCGCCAUCCUACAUCUGCAAAGUGUGCGGGGACGCCUUCGACAGGAAGACCCUGUUAGUGAAACAUGUGGAGACUCACCUGCAGGAGCCAAACUGCUGCUGCGGACUAUGUGGACACCAGUAUGAGUCUGCUGCCAGCCUCGCUGCUCACCUGCGCUCCCACCGUGAGGUCAGCAACACCUGUGAGGUCUGCGGGAAGUGCUUCCCAGCUCAUGCAGCGCUGCUGAUGCACUUGAGGAUCCACACUGGAGAGAAACCAUACACCUGCCGCUUCUGCGGGAAGGCUUUCAACCAGAGCGGGAACCUGAAGACACACCUGAAGAUCCACACGGGCGAGCGGGCGUUCUCCUGCAGCCUCUGUGGGAAAGGCUUCACCCAGAAACAGACUCUGGACACUCACGUCCGCUUCCACAACAAGGAGAGACGCUUCCUGUGUCAGGUCUGUGGGAAAGGGUUCAUGCAGGACGUGGACCUGAAGAGACACAUCCUGAUCCACACCGGAGAGAAACCAUAUAGCUGCAGGGUCUGCGGGAAGAGCUUUCAGGCCAAAAGGUCGCUCAACGGACACCUCAAAGUCCACACAUCGGGGGGGGGUGAGACCGGACCGGACCUGGAUCAGGACUCAGAGCAGCAGAAGGUGGACCGUUUCUACUCAGGGUUCCUCCAGCUGUAGGGGACCUGGGUUAGAGACUCAGAGCUGGACUCAAACCAACACUGUUCAACUUUGUUCGUCAGUUUCAAGCAACUUCACUCAGAACUUCUCUGUCAGUAACGGAGCUGAGUCUCAUUUUAAAAGUCUUAUUCUGGUUCUGGUCCAGCUUUUGAGACGUGACGAUUUGUUUCCUGCUCAUAUCUCAAACAUCUUAAUGUUCAGGCUGCGACGUUUUUAACAUUUUAUAUAUUAAUCAAUUAAUCGAUUAGAUGAGAAAAUAAUCAUCAGUUCUGUUUCUCUCUGGACCAAGAAUCGAUACAGAACCAGAACCUUAGAGGUCCGACGGUUCAGACCAGGUUCAGAGCAGAACCGUCAGCAGGAUUUUAAAGUCUCUCAAAGUAUCAAGGUUUGAUUCAGGUCUUUGACAGGAUCCUGAUUCCAAUCCAGACCCUUCAGGACCCUCCAGGACUCUCCAGGACCUCACAAACAGACCUGUUAAAUGUUGAACCACAGAAGAAGAAGGAGGUGAUUCUCUGUCUCAACAUGUGUCAGUCAAUAAAAUAAAAACGUUUGUUUCACUAAACAUAAAAA